ACAUCGCCGUUGCUUCUCGAGGAACCAAUUCGACUGGCCUCGAUACUGGAACACUCUCACUAUCACAGGUCGGUCCCAUGCCUGACCAAGAUCGUGGGGACGGUAGGCGGCAACUCGAAGACCGUGGAGCAACUGUCGGCUCUGCUUGAAGCGGGCAUGACAGCUGCACGGUUCGACUUCUCUGUGAGCGACCAGGAGAACCACCAGGAGACGUACGAGAACCUGCGGGAAGCCAUGAAGAAAACGCACCGCAUGUGCGCGACCGUGUACGACACGCACGGGCCUGAGAUCACCAUCGCCAACACCAACAACGCCACAGUGACGAUGACAGCAGGCAGCACGGUGGUGCUGUCAGGCGACAAGGACCACCCCGUCACUGCCCAGGCGCUGCCCCUCGCCUGCCCCCAACUCGCCAAGGCGGUGAAGCCAGGGGACGAGGUGUUUGUGGGGCGCUACCUCUUCACAGGCAGCGAGACCACGUCCGUGUGGCUCAAGGUGGAGGAGGUGAAGGGGGACGACAUAGUGUGCACGGUGACCAACACGGCAGAGCUGCAAGGGGACUUCUUCACUGUUCACGCUGCUCAGGUGGACACGGACAUGCCUAUCCUCUCCAAGGUGGACGAGCGCCACCUGUCCACGUGGGGAGUGAACUGCUUGCCGCACAUCAUCUUCCUCUCCUUCACUCGCAACGCAGAGGACGUCAGAUACGCGCGCAAUCACCUCGCCCAACUGGGCAAGCUCUCGCAGUCCUUCAUCUUUGCCAAGAUCGAGAGCAUUCAGGGGCUGAGGAAGAUAGAUGAGAUUCUGGCAGAGGCAGAUGGGCUCGUGCUGGGGCGAGGUGAUCUUGGAAUCGACCUGCCUGCAGAAAAGGUGUUUCUGAUGCAGAAGGUGGCAAUCUACAAGGCCAACAUGGCAGGCAAACCAUGUGUCAUCUCGCGAGUGGUCGACACGAUGACAGACACGCCCCGCCCCACCCGUGCUGAGGCCACCGACGUCGCCAACGCUGUGCUGGAUGGUGUGGAUGCUAUUAUGCUGGGAGCUGAGACGCUGAGAGGGCUGUACCCUACUGAGACAGUGUCAACUGUGCGCCUCAUCUGUUCCGAGGCGGAGAAGGCAUACAACCAGGAGCUCUAUUUCAAGAAGGCGGUCAAGGAAGCUACCGACACCAUGAGCGAGCUUGAAGCCAUGGCCUCAUCCGCGGUGAAAACAGCAGAGAAGGUGCAUGCAGCAGCAAUUGUGGUGUUCACCUCCUCUGGAAGAAUGGCCAGGCUCGUGGCCAAGUACAAGCCAACCAUGCCUGUGCUGACGCUCGUCAUUCCACGCCUCUACGUUGAUAAGCUCAGAUGGACGGUGCAGGGCGAGGUCCCGGCUCACAUGUGUUGUCUUAUGCGAGGGCUCAUCCCCAUGAUGGCUACACCCAAGACGCUGGAGCAAAGCGACGUAUCCACUAACGAGACUGUUCUUAAGGAGGCCAUUCUUCAGGGCCAGCGCAUCGGAGUGCUGAGGAAGCAUGACAGGGUGGUGGUGGUGCAGAAACUCGGCGACUCCGUUGUGAACGCAGGGCCGCUGCUCCCCUCUCUCAUCCCCUCCCCAACCCCUCUCUUCCCCUUCCCAACCCUUCUCUUCCCCUCUCCACCCAUUCUCUUCCCCUCUCCACCCAUUCUCUUUCCCUCUCCACCCAUUCUCUUUCCCUUUCCACCCAUUUCUUUUCCACCCCACCCAUUCUCUUUCCCUCUCCACCCAUUCUCUUCCCCUUCCAAACCCACAGCAGAUGUAGUGGACAACACAGGGCCGCUGCUGGGCCGAGUGGGUCAACUCCAGCAGCAGCUGCACCACCAGCUGCUGCCCUCCUCCCAAGCCUCCACCCACCCACUGCCCUCCAACCCACACGGUCCGAACCAAGCAGCAGUACGCUCAGAACGUUCUGACCAAGUCCCCCUCUCAGAGGGCUCGAAUGAGCGGAUUGAUCCAGCAGAUUGGGAGGACCAAGCCCUAGGGCGUUUGGCGGCAGGCGGAUUGGGAGGUGGUGGUGGUGGGCGGAGGAGCGGGGUAGAAGAGGAGCGGAGUGCAGCAGGGAUGGUGGAUCAUGGGGGCAUUGUGCCGGAAGGGGUUGUGCCUGAUGCGCUGGAUAGGCGCAUUCCAAUGCUCAUCCGAAUGAGUCCUGAGCGUCUACAGCUGCCUCUGGAGGCGCUUCCACAUGCCAUCGACAGCAGCGAGCAAAAGAAUGUCAUGCUAGCAUACCGAGAACGGUUUGACAAGUUUGGCGAUCUGAUUCGCUGCCACGGUCCUCCCUGUCCCGAUUUUGCCCCCUGCGGCUCUGCCUACCCCAACGUGCACGCGUGCUGGAACGAGCAUCUCGACGCGCCUCUGCUGCUUCCCGCUCGCGCGCCCCUCAACUGCCCCAAGAAGGCCCACCUCAAGAAUCCGCGGGUGCCGUGGCAGAACCACGACAAGACGUGCUCGCAUCCGAGGGACUUCAACCCCCGAGAGCCGUCCGCCAUGCAGGUGUUUCGCCUGCAUGACGUCAUGGUGACACACAAGGGCUUUGUCUUCAACUCCACUCACCGAUACGUGCACCAGGGCUGCAAGCGAUUCAACCCGUUCUCCUACCCACAAGGCCAGAAGGUGCAUCGCAUGAAGCUGGCGUUUGACUGGGGCUACACGCAGGGCAGCAACUUCUACCACUUCUUAGUCGAGGCCAUCCCCUCCUUCUUUGUCGCUGCUGCGGCACUGCCCAACCUCAGAGAAAUCCCCAUCAUUGCAGAGCGCUUCCAGUGGGACCUAUACGACAGCAUAGGCCGCAUCUUCAUAGGGGUGAAUCGCACGGACAUGAGAGCCCUGCCAGCAACCGAUGGGGACCUAUUCCACGUUGACACGCUCUAUGUGCAUCGCGUGAGAAACGCAUCACGUGAGAUGGAGCUGAGGCGGCACCAUUUGCUGUUUCACACCCUCUCUCUCCCCUCAACCGUCCGUUGCCCGCUACCCCCUCCUCCUCCCGCCCAGCCCAUGCUACAGGAGUGUGGAGCCCCCAACAAGGCCCUCUGGAUGGAGUUGAGGCGGCACCAUCUGCUGCACCCGCAGGGCCUGCCUCUCUUCCGCCCCGACUUCUCCUACCACUACCGCCCAGCGCUCUCCUACCAGCAACUCACCCACCUGCCCCCCGACUGGGUGGUGGUGCUGGCGCAGCGGCCCUCAGGGAAGCGCUCCUUCACCAACGCUGAGGAGGUUAAAGAAGCGGUUCUCUCGGCGUUUCCGCCGGAAAGGGUGGUAGUGUUUGACGGGUCGCUGCAGCUCAUGCAAGGUGCGUUGCUUGCCCUUCAUGGGGUCUGUUGUGGUCUGCGCUCCUUCACCAACUCAGAGGAGGUGAAACCGGCGGUGCUGGCUGCGUUCCCGCCGGAGAGGGUGGUAGUGUUUGACGGGUCGCUGCAGCUCAUGCAAGGUGCGUUGCUUGCCCUUCAUGGGCGCUCCUUCACCAACUCAGAGGAGGUGAAACCGGCGGUGCUGGCUGCGUUCCCGCCGGAGAGGGUGGUAGUGUUUGACGGGUCGCUGCAGCUCAUGCAAGGUGCGUUGCUUGCCCUUCAUGGGCGCUCCUUCACCAACUCAGAGGAGGUGAAACCGGCGGUGCUGGCUGCGUUCCCGCCGGAGAGGGUGGUAGUGUUUGACGGGUCGCUGCAGCUCAUGCAAGGUGCGUUGCUUGCCCUUCAUGGGCGCUCCUUCACCAACUCAGAGGAGGUGAAACCGGCGGUGCUGGCUGCGUUCCCGCCGGAGAGGGUGGUAGUGUUUGACGGGUCGCUGCAGCUCAUGCAAGGCGCCUUGGGAGAUGACUGGUCUGGCUUUGAGGCUCUCUCCUACAAGCACCAACAACUCACCCACCUGCCACCUGACUGGGUGGUGAUGCUGGCCCGUCGCUCCACUGUGAAGCACUCCUUCACCAACUCAGAGGAGGUUAAAGCGGCGGUUCUCGCUGCGUUUCCGCCAGAGAGGGUUGCUGUUUUCCAUGGCUCGCUGCACCUCAUGCAAGGUGCGUUGUGCUUUUGA